AGGCUCGGAGGAGGGCGGGGCCGCGCGGGGGAGCGGGAUAGACCUGGGGAGGAGGGCGGGCCCAGGGGGGACCUAGAAAGGGCGGGGCGCUCCUCGGCUGGGGAGCGCGCUGCAGGCCCAGCACUAGCAUGGGCGACAGCGCCCCUGGCCGCGGGGAUCGUUGCUGUAUCCUAGGCGGCCCAGCAGGCGCUGAGAUCCCGGCCGGAGCCCGCGGGCGGUGGGCGUGACCUCGCCGUCCCCGAGCCCGAGGUGCUUUUCGCGCGCCCCAACCCGCGAACGAUGCGCGCCCCGGGACGUCCCGGAGGCUGAGGCCGAGCCCGUCGUGCCCAUGGCCGACGCGCCGCGAUCCCUGGCGCCCGCCUCCUCCUGCCCGGGCGGUGCGUCCCCGGCAGGCACGGGGCUGUGGGCCGCGCUGUACGACUACGAGGCCCGCGGCGAAGACGAGCUGAGCCUGCGGCGCGGCCAGCUAGUGGAGGUGCUGUCGCAGGACGCCGCGGUGUCGGGCGACGAGGGCUGGUGGGCCGGCCAGGUGCGGCGUCGCCUGGGCAUCUUCCCUGCCAGCUACGUGGCGCCGUGCAGCCCCGCGUCCCCGGCCGCUCCCCAAGUCCCUCCGCCGCGGCCCGGCUCGCCUGUACACGUCGACUUCGAGCGGCUGGAACUCAAGGAGCUGAUCGGCGCAGGAGGCUUCGGGCAGGUGUUCCGCGCCACUUGGCAGGGCCAGGAGGUGGCGGUGAAAGCGGCGCGCCGCGAUCCGGAGCAGGACGCCGCGGCGGCGGCCGAGAGCGUGCGGCGUGAGGCCCAGCUCUUCGCCAUGCUGCGGCACCCCAACAUCAUCGAGCUGCGCGGCGUGUGCCUGCGGCAGCCGCACCUCUGCCUGGUGCUGGAGUUUGCUCGCGGUGGGGCGCUCAACCGCGCGCUGGCCGCCACCGACCCACGCGCACCCGGCCCGCGCCGCGCGCGCCGCAUCCCUCCGCACGUGCUGGUCAACUGGGCAGUGCAGAUCGCGCGUGGCAUGCUCUACCUGCAUGAGGAGGCAGUGGUGCCCAUCCUACACCGGGACCUCAAGUCCAGCAACAUUUUAUUGCUGGAGAAGAUAGAACAUGAUGAUGUGUACAAUAAGACACUGAAGAUUACGGACUUCGGGCUGGCGAGGGAGUGGCACAGGACUACCAAGAUGAGCGCGGCCGGCACCUAUGCCUGGAUGGCCCCUGAGGUCAUCAGGUCUUCCCUGUUCUCCAAGGGGAGUGACAUCUGGAGCUAUGGCGUUCUGCUGUGGGAGCUGCUCACGGGAGAGGUCCCCUACCGCGGCAUCGACGGUCUGGCGGUGGCCUAUGGGGUGGCAGUCAACAAGCUCACUCUGCCCAUCCCAUCUACCUGCCCUGAGCCAUUUGCCAAGCUCAUGAAAGAGUGCUGGGAACAAGACCCUCAUAUUCGCCCAUCCUUUGCCUCAAUUCUGCAACAGCUGUCUGAUAUUGAGGUGGCUGUGAUGACCGAAAUGCCUCAAGAGUCUUUCCAUUCCAUGCAAGAUGACUGGAAGCUGGAAAUCCAACAAAUGUUUGAUGAGCUGAGAACAAAGGAAAAGGAGCUGCGGUCCCGAGAAGAGGAGCUGAGCCGCGCUGCUCUCCAGCAGAAGUCCCAGGAGGAGCUGCUCCGACGCAGGGAGCAGCAGCUGGCCGAGCGCGAGAUCGACGUGCUGGAGCGCGAGCUCAACAUCCUCAUCUUCCAGCUCAACCAGGAGGGGCCGCACGUGAGGAAGAGGAAGGGCAAGUUCCGGAGAAGCCGGCUGAAGCUCAAGGACGGACAUCGGAUCAGUUUGCCUUCAGACUUCCAGCACAAGAUCACUGUGCAGGCCUCCCCCAGCUUGGACAGGCGCAGGAGUUGGGACAGCAGGAGCUCCAGCCCGCCCAGCAGCCCCACCAUGCUUCCCCGCCUCCGGGCCAUUCAGUUGACAUCUGAUGAAAACAAUAAAACCUGGGGAAGGAACAUGGUCUUCCGGCAAGAAGAAUUUGAAGAUGUGAAAAGGAAUUUCAAGAAAAAAGGUUGUACAUGGGGACCAAGCUCAAUUCAAGUGAAAGAAAGAACGGAUGGCAGAGAGAGGGUGAGGCCUCUCUCUGAUGGCAACAGCCCUUGGUCAGCUGUCCUAAUAAAAAGCCAGAAAACCACACCCUUGGCCUCCCUCUUUGUGGACCAGCCAGGAUCUAGCGAAGAGCCAAAACACGUUGCUGAAGGAGAACACAGAAAACCAAAGCAAAUGAAGUUACCUGGUCAGGCCUACACUGAUCUACCUCUCUGCAAAGAUGGUCAGAGACAGAACCUGGGGGAGGCUGAGGGCUGGGAAGAGGGACCCACAUUGAGCUCUGCUGUGGCGCUCCCUCGGGGGAUGCCUGCAACCAGCCCCAGUGGACCCCACAGGAAGAAAACGGAAUCAGCUCUGUAUGGGUGUGCGGUGCUGCUGGCGUCGGUGGCACUGGGACUUGAUGUCAGGGGGCUUGGCAGAGCAGAGGCUGUGGAAGAACUGCCACCCAAGGAGGGCGUGAAGAUCCAAGAUGGGGUCCUCCCGCAGGCCUCCAGACCAUCCCCUGUGCUGCUGUCCGCAGGCAGGGACCCCAGCAGCACCACAAGCCUCUCCGUGAGGUGCUUAUCACAAAUGAAUGGGGACAAGCCAGCCAAGGGCAACACCCAGAUUCCUCAUGACCCUGAGAUACCCAACCUGGAUUUCUGUCCGACUUGUCCAGAAAGCAGCAGAGAACUGGCCCUGGGGCCAAGACUUGAGACUGAUUGCAGAGUAUUGGGAAGCCUGUGUCCCUCCUAUCCGGGGCAGACACGUGAUGGGAAUGUGCCUUAUACUUCCCCAAAAGACAGAGCCUCACAUCACAGACAGACCUCAUCAGAUGGAAAUCCUUCUCCGACUCCACGUGCCCCUGGAGCCUCUGCACUGCCACCUCCUGCCUCACCUGGCCCUCACAGUGACCCGCCGAGCCAGGUCUCUGCUGAACUGAAUGGGGCUGUCACAGUCCUGCUGCAGCCUGGGUUGGUCUCCCAGAGAAGUCCGUCAGACAUGCCAAGGGCCGUCCCACGCAGGGCACAGUCCCAGCCUGCCCGGGCAGCCUGUGGCGGGGGCCGCACAGGGCCAGGCCCUGCCUGUGUCCUGGGUACCCAGGCGCCUUCCUCAGCGGGUGCCAGUGUGGAUGGGCAAAGCCAAGACUGCGCUGGGCCUCUGUGCAGGAUGAAAAGCCCAGCUCACCAGCCGUCCAUCUAUGUCCUGGAGAAAGAGUUUCUGACUUAAGUGCCUUUGCUGCUGAAGCAUUCUUGGUUUAGGUGAACAAAUGCAGCCACUGUGCCUUUGAGGCGUGUUCUCUUGCUGUGUGUUGAAAAGCUGCCAUCAAGUGACUCCAUUAGGACUAGAUGCCAACUCCAGAGGGGCACAUGACUGCUGUUAGCUGUCCGUAUCCUGUCCCCUGGCUCCUACCUAGUAAUUUGAAAUACACAGAAGUGUAAACCAAAAAACAUGCCACAGGUAGAACCGUGCUGGGUAAAAUCUCCUUAAGCACUUUUUUUCUUCAACUUUUAUUACUACAUGUUCGCAGUACAUAAUGAUUACAUCCACUGUAGGGGAUUGGUUCAUGUACAUCGCACAUUUCAUUUCCCUUCUUUUAAGCAUUGUCUUAAGGCCUUGUUAGUUUUCAUGUCCCCUCCACCCGUGAGCGCACAGUAAAGUGUUGAAGACAGUUGUCUUGCUUGCUUGGAUCCUUCUCUUUUUUUUUUUCCUUCAACUUGUUUUUAAUCUGUGCCACAGAAAGCCAAGAAAUAACUAUUGGUUUCUUGGCAAUGAUAAUGUGAUGUAGGAAAAGAUAUAUUUAUUUAAAAAUCUGUUGGUUAGAACAGAUGCAGAGUGCUGUUUAAAAGUCCUCCGCUGUGGACUUCUGAUGCAUAAAUAUGUCCAAUUCUCACCUCAGUUAUACAAUGAUAUUUCACUUUGAGAAAUUCUACUGAAGGUAACUUAUGAAAGUCUCGCUGAUUGUAACUGCCAAACAUUUUGUCCAUUAGAACUCUAAGAUGGAUGCUAGAGAUCAGUGAUUAACUGUGGUCAGGACUACUGCAUCCCGGGUGAGCCUCGGGGUGCCGGUGUUCCUGCAGAGAAGCCUCUGUUGACUUGGCUUGUAUAUGAAAAAUGCUUCAUUCUCAAUAUCUUGUGCAUCUUGUGUGUGAUAAAUUGCACAUGCCCAUGUUCACAGAUACCUUGUAUUAUAAACAUUCACAUCAUGUAAUUUUACUUUUCUGUAUUUGUGUACACAGUUAUUCUAACACUGCCAACUCAAGGAAUUACAAUUGUUAGAAUUUAAAUUCUUCUUGCUAUUACUUUACAUUUCGUUUAAUUGUGGAUGUUAGACAUCUAUUGCAAUAAGCAGUUAUGGUGGAAAUAAUCUGUGUUACAAGUUAUUUCCAGAAUUGAGUUUGUAAAAUGUGUCUUGGAAUAUCAGAUGAGGAUUUUAAAUGAGUUAAAGGUAUUGAUGGGUCACUUCGAUAAUCAUACAAAUAGACUGCUGUAUUAUUAGGACAGCGAAUGUUCUGCAAGAGCUUGGGGAUUUUGCCUGGGUUUCUUAUCUGCUGUGUUUCCCUUCUGUCACUAGGAUGGUUAUUCCAAAUGCAGACAAUAAAUACUUAAAAUGUUCCAUGCCGUGAAGAGCUAAGUUACAGUUCUUGCUAUUUCAUUUAAAAUUAUAACUUAGUUAAGGUUUACCCAAUUGCAGUUGCAGAAAUUGAAGGUAGAUUAAAUCAAGUGUCGGGAUAUUUUAGUCACCACAAAGAGGUGUCCGUGGGCCUGUAGGGACAGCACUCAUAUAGCACAGUAGCCGUAAGGAAACAACCCUGCAUUUCAGAUUCUUGCCGCAAAAACUUGAGUACUUAUCAUGUUUUGUGAUAUUCUUGUUUGUUGUAUAAUUUGGCUUCACUUUUGAGUCGUUAUUAAACUAAAUAGUAAGGAUUUGGUUUCCUAAAAGCUUCAUCAUAUUUGACGUCUGGUUGGUUGCUUUACACAGAGUCAUUUGGAGGGUGUAGCUUCCAGCUAAAAACAAAGUAGAUUCAUGUCCCAAAUAACCAUGUAUCAGAGAAAAGGUGUGGUAUCUGUCCUCCGUUCUCCACAAGGACAUCCCGUGUGUGUGUGUGUGUGUGUGUGUGUGUGUGUGUGUGUUGGGUGUGGGUAAUGUUAGGUUUAUAUGUGUGUGUAUGAUAAGAGUAGGGGUGUGAUGGGUGUGCAUGUGAAGUUUGGAUGUGUGCGAUGCUUGAGUAUAAGUGGACAUGGUGUCCAUCUAUCCUGUCCCUCUCCUCUCUGUCCCACCUCCAGGUCAGCUCUUACAUUAUGAUGAGGUUAGAAAUGAAGCUUUCUCACUCAGCUAAGUGCAGUAUGAAGACUCACUCUCACAUGGUCUUGCUGAUAGUCGUUUAUUGCUGUGAUACUUGGACACUUGUGGUUUUUUAUGUGUGUUAACCCACUUACUAGAAUCUAUUUGUUUAUUUUCAUGUAGACUUAAUAGAUCACCAAAAGAUCAAUGAUGCUGAUUGCUGUCCCUGAACAACUAAGGUGCUUCCCUGCACAGCCUGGAGGUAUGGGCCUGACACGCUGUAUUAUGAAGUCUGUGGGAAAGAUGUUUACAUACAUUGUCUAUUUUUUAAUAAACUUUUUUAUAGCUGG